AUGCGCCAAGACUGCAAAGCCUGCGUCGAGAAUGCCACCAUUGAAAUCAGCCACCUCUGUCCUGGCAAAGAGGAAGCAAUCGUUUGGUUCGACAAUUGUCUCUUGCGUUAUUCCGACAAGGAUUUCAUCGGCGAAGUAGAUGAGAGCAACAAGUUUUACAUGUGGAAUAUCUAUAAUAUCUCUCAGCGGCAAGUGUUUAACAGGCACCUUGGAGAACUCAUGUAUGAGUUGUCCUCGAAAGCAUCUUCCUCGCAUUUCUUUUUUGCAACUGGAGAAGUUGAAGUGAGUGAGAAAAAGAUAGAGGAAAAGAUAUAUGGGCUGGUUCAGUGUAGCAGGGAAUUAAGUGAUGGGGAGUGUAAGGCGUGUUUGGAUAAUGUUAUUAAGGAUAUCCCUACUUCUUGUUAUGGAAAAAGAGGGGGAAGGGUUCGACUGGGAGUUGUAAUGUUAGGUACGAGGUUUACCAAUUCUAUGGCACAUAUGAAAUAA